AUGAGCUCCGUGUACAGCGAUGUGGCAAGCAUGACGCGCCAUGUCGAUUCGACCGUCGCCAUGUUGGUCGAGCAGAAGAUCAUUGCCGCAAUUGCGGGGCCUGUGGAUUGCGAUCCCACGCCCAAGCUUGCCUGCUCGUUGCAACAGGGAAAUGUACAUAUUAAUACGACAGCAAUUAACAUCGCGAGAAGACCAAAGCGAAGACGCGUGCACAGACCUCCGGGAGGGCCUGCGCUUCCCAGCUUAUCGACGCCCGCGCUGUUGCUCAUUGGCGCGGCAGAGAAGCACCAAACUUCGUUGCUAAACGCAUUGAUGGGAGCCAGCGUUGCGGAGGACUCCUCGUCGCAUUCGACCGCCGUGACGAUGAAUACAGCAUCCUUGUCAGCAGCAAUUAACAGUGGAAAGGUAUCCGGUGAUGGCUCUGUCAAUAGCGAUGUGCGAACCGCGACGGGAAAGAAUGGCGCAGCUACGAUGAGCAAGCCUGCUGCUGUGCAAAAACGUCGUUUGUUGAAACCUCCGAAGAGUCUGCUUCAAUUGCACCGAGAAAAAAACGAGACCAAUGUACGCAGCCUUGCGAACCGGUCCGGUCAGCCUAAUAUUCCACCACGACAAGAGCAUCUUCGAGUAGUUCGGCUCGUGCUGCCAGAUCAGAAUGGGAAGGUGACUCUCCAGCGCUUAUCGAAUGCGGAAGCUACUAUGCCACGAGAGAACGCCGAGAGGAUCCAGAUUGCCAAACAGCAAGCGCUGACAGCUAUCGCAAAGAACGGGGGGCAGAUGUAUGUUCUCGAAUUUAUCAAGUAUCCAUCAAGAGGUUUUGAAAUUAUGAUCUCUCGCUUCGUUUACGGUGACAGAAAUCGGGACGCGUUUCGGGUGCGAGUGGGAAGCGAGGAGGAAGGGCAUCAGUUUUUGAAUCAGUUUAAAGUUUUGGCAGGCAAGGAAGGGUUCCAUGUCAUGCAGGACUUGAAGUGGUCACAGCAUUUGCGGCAGAAGCAACAACAGCAUCAACAGCAGCAACAGCAGCAACAGCAGCAUGCCAGGGCUCUACAGCAGCGGCAGAACGCCAUCACUGCAGGAAGGCAGCCUGCAGUAUCGCAAACGCAAUCGAAUGCACAGAAUGCGGCGCUACAGUCAAAGAGGGCACAGGCACGGGCCCUAUCCCAAUCAAAUCCCCCCGCAAACGCGCGACAGAUACUUUUACAGAAACAGAAGCAGCCAGAUGUGCGGGAGCAGCACCGCCUACAGCGGGAACGACAAAAAGCAGCUCAGUCUGGCCACCAAAACUUAGCCGCACUUCGUCAAGGUGCGACGCAUACGCAUAUGCCCCUUCAGGGGCAGCCGAUGGGCGCGCAGAGUCAGCUAUCACAGCAGCACCAACGUUCGCACAUGGCGCUGCAGCAGCAACAACAACAGCUAUUCCAACAACACGUUCAACUCCAACGCCAGGAACCGCAGAGAGCACGAAGAAGGCAAACCCAGCUUCCCGGGCGAGACAACAUGAAUAUAAGCAUGGCCCAACCUGUUGCUCUGUCGGCUUCGAAUGCGCGUGGGGGACUUGUAUCCCAGGGGCCGGGGGCCAUACAGGGAAACCUAGGCUUGCCUCAAGCCGGUGGACCGAGUUCGUCCAUUGCGGGCAUGGGUAGCGCUGGCUUGAUGGGACAUCAGGUUCUUACGCAGUCGCAAAUGAGGCAAUUUCAGCAGAAUCUUCGGAACCAGAAUCUUCGGAACCAGCAGCCGCUCCUCGCGGAACACCAGCGAAAUCUCAUGGCGGCUGCUGGGGGAAGAGAUGCUGUGACUGGUAUGGCAGGAAACACAGGAAUCGCCGCAAAUGCUGCCAUGGCGCAGCACUUGCCAACUCACGUUCUAGCCAAUUUCAUGAGUGCCGGCAUGGCUUCUGGUGCGGCUAGACCUGGGGCAGCACCAAAUCUUACAGCUGCGGAAACGCUCACGCGGCAGCGGCAGCGGAUGCAACAACAGCAGCAUCUUAAGCAGCAAAGGGAAAAUGUUGAGCCCCAUGCUAGAAGUGCCAAGCGGUAAAGGACGCCCCAUUUUGUA